CCCGUCCAAACUACCUACGAAUCCGCCCCCGUCUCCAUCCCCACCGAAUUCCUCACCACCUCCCCGCCUGACGCCCACCCCAUAAUCUUUACCCCGAUUGACUUUUCGCAAAGCCCCGUUCCCGAAUUCGCCGGCGGCUACGCCAUAAUCCUCGAUCAUGUCCUCAGCCCCAGUGAAUGCACCACCCUCUUGCGCCUCGCCGAGUCCUCCGUCCUUCUCCAGGACCACACCUCGGGGACCUCACCCUGGAAGCCAGCCAUGGUCAACAUCGGCGGCGGGUUCGAGAUCCUCGAGCCGGAGUACCGCAACAGCGACCGCAUUAUCUGGGACCAGCAAGAAAUCGUCGAUAGGAUAUGGACGCGCAUCACGGCGCAAGUCCCCGAGGUGAUGGAGCAGCUGGGGUACUUCAAUGAAGCGCAGUUUCUAGGCGGGAAGGUCCCGCUGUCGGGAAGGAUGCCGGCGCAUUGGGCGUUUCAUCGGGUGAACCAGCGGAUGAGAUUUUUGAAGUAUGGACCGGGGCAGUUCUUCCGGCCGCACUGUGAUGGGCCGUAUGAGGAAUUGGGGGGGAAUGGCCAGAUUCUGAGGACGCAUUUUACGCUGCAUUUGUAUUUGAAUGAUUCAAAGCAGGCGGUAGGAGAGGAGGAGAAGGAGGGGGUGGAACUGGUGGGAGGGGCGACGAGUUUCUUAUCCUAUGAUGACAAGAAGAAGAUGGAUGUCGAUCCUAAGGCGGGGAGGGUGUUGAUUUUUCAGCAUAGGAGAUUGUAUCAUUCUGGAGAUGAUGUUUUGGCGGGCACGAAGUAUACAGUGCGGACGGAUAUCAUGUAUGAAUUG